AUUUUACCCGUCCUAUAGAUAGAAAUGGAAGGACGAUAAACAUUAUCCAUCCAUUAGUCCCAUUUCCUCGUCUCCUUCUUACGCCACAGACACAGUAGCUGGCAGUCCAUCUCAAAAUUCCAAUGGACAACUCAAGCAAACAAGAACUGACUUAUGAGCUUGAAGGGAUCUUCCGAGUUUACAAAGAUGGCCAUGUUCACAGACUCCGAGAUACUGACUUUGUUCCACCAUCCUCCAGUCUCUCUUCUGGCCUUUCAUCCAAAGACCUCACUAUAAUUCCUGAACCCAACCUCGUCUCUGCUCGCCUCUAUCUCCCAAAACUCCACCAUCCCAGCCAAAAGUUCCCUCUCCUCGUCUACUUCCACGGCGGCGCUUUUUGCGUCUCAUCUCCAUUCACUCACAAGUACCACAACUACUUAACCAAACUGGUCGCUGAAGCCAAUGUGGUUGCAGUUUCUGUGAACUACAGGAAAGCUCCUGAGCACCCUAUUCCCACCGCGUAUGAGGAUUCAUGGGCUGCACUCCAGUGGGUAGUUUCUCAUAGAAACAGAGAUGGUCCUGAGCCUUGGUUAAAUGACCAUGCAGAUUUUGGAAGAGUAUUUUUAGCCGGAGAAAGUGCCGGUGCCAACAUUGCUCAUAACUUGGCUAUAGCUGCAGGGAACCCGGAGUUUGGGCUUGGUAUUGAACUUCUAGGAGUUGCUUUAACCCACCCAUACUUUUGGGGAUCCGAGCCAAUUGGUUCGGAGGCAGUGGAUCCGGAUAGAAAGGCAUUGGUAGACCGAUUGUGGCCAGUAAUUUGCCCGUCGAACCCGGACCAUGAUGACCCACGAGUCAACCCAUUUGCCGAACAUGGGCCGGGCCUAAUGGGGCUAGGGUGCAAGAGAGUGCUGGUGUGUGUAGCUGAGAGGGAUGUGCUGAGAGAUAGAGGAUGGGCCUAUUACGCGGCUCUGAGUAGGAGCGGGUGGAUGGGCGUGGUUGAGAUUGAUGAGACUCGAGGAGAGGGCCAUGGUUUCCAUUUGAAUGAUUUGGAGUCCGAGAAAGCUAAGUAUUUGAUCCAACGGUUAGCUGCCUUCUUCAAUAGGGACGUGCCUUUAUUUUAAUGUUUAUGUAAAUCUUGAUUUCAUCAUUAUUUGAAUGUUUUUGUAUUUCAUAGUUCUAAAAUGAUGUUUUUAAAAAAUUAAAAAGAAUUCAAUUAUUAUA